GGAAGAAGAGGGAGUUCAGGUUCCAUCCAAUCAAAGAGACCAUUGUGGAGGAGCCUGUUGAUAUCACGCCGUUCCUGGACCAGCUGGAUGAGUCGCUGAAGGAUAAAGUCCUGCAGCUGCAGAAGGGAAGCGAUACGGAAGCUCAGUGUGAGGUCAUGCAGGAAAUCGUGGAUCAAGUGCUGGAGGAGGACUUUGACUCGGAGCAGUUGUCAGUGCUCGCAUCCUGCCUCCAGGAGCUAUUUAAGGCUCACUUCCGUGGUGAGGUUUUGCCAGAAGAAAUCACGGAGGAGUCUCUGGAGGAGUCGGUGGGGAAGCCUCUCUACCUAAUAUUUAGGAACCUCUGCCAGAUGCAGGAGGAUAAUAGCGGCUUCUCGCUGCUGCUGGAUCUCCUCUCAGAGCUCUAUCAGAAGCAACCCAAGAUCGGCUACCACCUCCUGUACUACUUAAAAGCCAGCAAAGCUGCCGCGGGGAAGAUGAACCUGUACGAGUCCUUCGCGCAGGCCACGCAGCUGGGCGACCUGCACACGUGUCUGAUGAUGGACAUGAAGGCCUGCCAGGAAGACGACGUACGGCUGCUCUGCUACCUCACCCCCUCCAUUUACACAGAGUUCCCAGACGAGACCCUACGAAGCGGCGAGCUGCUGAACAUGAUUGUAGCUGUCAUAGACUCAUUCCAG